AAAGGAUCAAGCAUCCCUGAGUUUCAAACAGAAACUUGCACUGAAUACAUUCAAAGAACCAUCAAGAAAUGGGGACCUGGAUUUUAUUUGCCUGCCUCCUGGGAGCAGCUUUUGCCAUGCCUCUACCACCUCAUCCUGGGCACCCUGGUUAUAUCAACUUCAGCUAUGAGAACUCACAUUCUCAGGCUAUCAAUGUUGACAGGACUGCAUUAGUGCUUACCCCUUUGAAGUGGUACCAGAGCAUAAGGCCACCGUACCCUUCCUAUGGUUACGAGCCCAUGGGUGGAUGGCUGCACCACCAAAUCAUCCCCGUGCUGUCCCAACAGCACCCCCCGACUCACACCCUGCAGCCUCAUCACCACAUCCCAGUGGUGCCAGCUCAGCAACCCGUGCUCCCCCAGCAACCAAUGAUGCCCGUUCCUGGCCAACACUCCAUGACUCCAACCCAACACCACCAGCCAAACCUCCCUCCGCCCGCCCAGCAGCCCUACCAGCCCCAGCCUGUUCAGCCACAGCCUCACCAGCCCAUGCAGCCCCAGCCACCUGUGCACCCCAUGCAGCCCCUGCCGCCACAGCCACCUCUGCCUCCGAUGUUCCCCAUGCAGCCCCUGCCUCCCAUGCUUCCUGAUCUGACUCUGGAAGCUUGGCCAUCAACGGACAAGACCAAGCGGGAGGAAGUGGAUUAAAAGAUCAGAAUAUGAGAGGGGAAUGAAUACUUCAGUUGCUUUCAGGAAUGACACAAGAACACAAUGAUUUUUGCUUAUAAUCACUUUACUUAGCAAAUUCUGUAACUAAAAAAGUACCAUUAGCAGACAAUAAAAUGCAUUAAAAAUCA